GACGAGGAAAGCAGUGCCGUGUGAUAAAGUUGUAUAAAUGGUACAACUCGCAACACAGCGAUACAGUCAGCCGUGAUAUUCACGGCUAAUUGCAAGCCACGGUCUACAGCUUUGGCAAAACCAUCGUUUUGAGCUUAGUGUAGAAGUUCAAAUAAUCACCAUGUCGGACGCCAAAAAGAACUUGCUUUUGUUUUUCGACCGGCCCACGGAGCCCUGCUUUAUGCAGAAGGGUGAAAACAAAUCUAUUUUCCAACUACCCGAUAAUUACUAUCCGGAAAAGUACAGGUCGACGAGCAACACAAUAGCCGACCGCUUCGGCAGCGACGCCACGCAGACCAUCCCGAUCCGCAACAUCUCGCUGCCGAACCUCUCGCUGCCGAUGCAGCUGCCCUACAACAGCCAGUUCUCGCUGUGGGUGCCGAAGCACAAGGAGAUGGCUACUAAGCUCAUUGAUAUUUUUAUAGGUAUGCGUGACGUGGAAGACUUGCAGUCACUAUGCUCAUACUGCCAACUACGAAUCAACCCAUAUCUUUUCAACUAUUGCCUCUCAGUCGCCAUCUUGCACAGAGAAGACACAAAGGGUCUGAACAUCCCGACCUUUGCGGAGACGUUCCCCGACAAGUUCAUGGAUCCCAAAGUGUUCAGGAAAGCUAGAGAAGUCAGCACUGUGGUACCUUCUGGCAACAGGCAGAUGCCAGUGGUGAUCCCGCAGAACUACACUGCGUCGGAAUGGGACCAGGAGCAGCGCGUAGCUUACUUCCGCGAGGACAUUGGCCUCAACCUGCACCACUGGCACUGGCAUCUCGUGUACCCGUUCGACUCGGCCGACCGGACUAUCGUCGCCAAGGACCGGCGCGGCGAGCUCUUCUACUACAUGCAUCAGCAGAUCGUCGCCAGAUACACAACGGAGCGCUUCUGCAACAAGCUGGGCGCGCCGCGGCGGUUCAGCAACUUCAGGGAGCCCAUCGAGGAGGGCUACUUCCCCAAGUUGGACUCGCAAGUGGCAAGUCGCGCUUGGCCACCCAGGUUCGCGGGCUCCACGAUCCGGGACAUCGACCGGCCCGUGGACCAGAUCCGCGUGGACGUGGCGCAGCUCGAGACGUGGCGGGACCGCUUCCUCGACGCCAUCGACAAGAUGUCCGUCAUGCUGAAAAACGGUCGCCGCGUGCCGCUGGAUGAGGAGACAGGCAUCGACAUGCUGGGCAACAUGAUGGAGUCGUCCAUACUGAGUCCCAACCGGGACUUCUACGGAGACCUGCACAACAUGGGCCACGUGUUUAUUUCUUACUCGCAUGACCCGGAUCAUAGGAAUUUGGAGCAAUUCGGCGUGAUGGGCGACUCGGCGACGGCGAUGCGCGACCCGGUGUUCUACCGCUGGCACGCGUACGUCGACGAUCUGUUCCAGCUGUACAAGAACAAGCUGCCGCCUUACACUACUGAUAAGCUGGACUUCCCCGGCGUGCGCGUGGCGUCGGUGAGCGUGGAGUCCAGCGGUGGGCCCAACGUGUUCCGCACGCAGUGGGAGCAGAGCACGGUGGAGCUGGGCCGCGGGCUGGACUUCACGCCGCGCGGCAGCGUGCUGGCGCGCUUCACGCACCUCACGCACGACGACUUCACUUACGUGAUCGAGGUGAACAACACGAGCGGCGCGGCGCUGAUGGGCACGGUGCGGCUGUUCCUGGCGCCGGCGGUGGAUGGCGCGGGCGCGCCGCUCGCCUUCGCCGACCAGCGCCGCCUCAUGAUCGAGCUGGACAAGUUCACGCAAGCGCUGCCGGCGGGCAGCAGCACGGUGCGGCGGCGCUCGGCGCAGUCGUCAGUGACCAUCCCAUACGAGCGCACGUUCCGGCGGCAGGCGGCGCGCCCCGGCGAGCCCGGCGCGGCGCCCGCGGCGGACUUCGACUUCUGCGGCUGCGGCUGGCCGCACCACAUGCUGCUGCCCAAGGGCGCGCCCGACGGCUUCCCCGUCGUGCUCUUCGCUAUGAUCUCCAACUGGGCCGAGGACCGGGUGGAGCAGGACACGGCGGGCACGUGCACGGACGCGGCGUCGUACUGCGGGCUGCGCGACCGGCGCUACCCCGACCGGCGCGCCAUGGGCUUCCCCUUCGACCGGCCCGCGCCCGCCGCCAGCCUCGCCGACUUCCUCACGCCCAACAUGAGCGUGCGCGACUGCUCCAUCCGCUUCUCCGACGCCGUGCGCCAGCGCCAGCAGGGGUAGGUGCAGCGUCUGGCACGUAGCAACACCCGCGGCCCCCGGGGAAGCCGCGGCUCUUCUUAUAUACUAGACAGAAAGAAAGAAAGACAAUACAUUUAUUUCAAGGACAAAAAAUAUAUACAGAUUAUGGACAGAACGAGCAAAAAAUGACAAAAAAAUAAUAAUAAAAAUAUCAUGCAAUAUUUCCCCACUUAAAAGGGGGGGAAGGUAGGCUGUAGAAAUCCCACAUAACCCACGGCUUCUUCCCCGGAGGUCUUGGUUCAUACAAUAUUUCCCCCCAAAAAAAACAAAAAAAAAAUUGGGGGGGUACAUAGGCUCUGCUCCCUCCUUUAUUACAUAGGCCGAUGCUCGUUUUUUAAUGUAGAAUAUGUGUGGUUUUUUAUUCGUAUAAGGUACAUUGGUUUUACAAAGUAGAUUCUGUUUUUCUGGUAUAAAGUAAAUUGGUUUGUUCACGUGUUUAUAAUAAUGUUUUGUUCUUCAAAAUAAAUCAAAGGAUUAACAUGUUAAUAAGAAUCCGAGUUAGAGACAAAAAACGUUACUCAAUUGUAACAGAAUUAACAUCGGUUAGCAAAUUCAACAAAAAUACUUUGUAUUCCAUCGAGUUUAUAAAGAUGCGGAUUACAAACAUUCCCCAAACUAUCCCUGAAACUAGCAACGACUACAGAUGGAACAAAUUUCCUCUAGAUCUGUAACCAGCAAUGCCGGCGCUAGCCAAACGAGCAAUAACCAAGCCAGCAAUAUUCCUCCAUUCGCCAAUUUUACUCACAGCGGUAAUUUAACACAAAAUACUAAUCUAACUCAAACUGGAAAUUUAAUUACUCAAAAUGAGGAUUCCAUUCAGAAUGUUAGUUCCCAAAAUGGUUUAACUGACAUAACACAUGUGCUAGCGAGUAGUGUGUUUUCUCAAACGAAUAAUGAUUGUAAUAGAAAUAACGAUAAACUACCAAAUAGUAAAGAAUGCGGCUGCAAAGAAACCUAUACAGCGGAAGAGAUUGAUGCUCUCAUAAGAAAACCAUAUUAUUAUAUCAAAUGUAACCAUAAACAGCACAUAUUCUAAUUUUAAUUUGUAUUUAUAAUUUACUUUAACUGUCAGUUUUAUAGAUUACUUGAAAUUUUUUGUUGGCUAUGAAAAUGGACUAUGAUUUAAUAUUUAGAUAUAAAUGGGUCACUAGUUGUAAUUUAACUGUAAAUAUUGUACAUAUGUAAAUACUUAUUCGUAAGAUGUAAUAAAUUAUGCCUUUCACCAA